AUGGUAUCUGAAAAACAAUCUCAAUCUGAUGCUAUGAAUAAACAACAACAAUCACAGUCCAAUCGUACUAAUACUAAUAAUAAUCGUCGAAAACAUGCACGAAAUGCAAAUAAAAAACGACAAAAAGCAGCAGCGGCAACAAAUGAAAAUUUGAAUAGUAAUAAUGAUAAUGAAGAUAAACAAGAGAAAAAAACAAUUAUAUCUGAAGAAAAGAUUGAAGAAGAAGAAGAAGAAUCAUCAACAGAAUCUUCUAUACAACAAACUAUUGAAGAACAAGACGAAGAAUUUAAAGAUCCAAUUAUAAUUGAGGAUGUAUUCAUUUCUUCUUGUUCAACACCUAUUCCAGUAGAAAAAGAAUCAAUUUUACCAAUUAAACAACGUAACAAAGAUAAAAGUAAUUAUAUGAAUAGUAAAUUACAAAGUCCAACUAUUUCAACAAAUUGUUCUUCUAUACCAUCAAAACAAGAAUCUAUUCUCUUAUCCAAACCUCAGGCAAAUGUAGCACCUGUUAAACAAACUUUUCCAUUAACUACAACAACAAAUAUUGAAUCUACUCAAAUUUCAAAAGUUACAAAUUCUAAGUCAAAUGAAGCGUUAUCAUCAUCAUCAUCAAUAUAUGACAUCUAUUCAUGUUCUGAAUAUAAUUCUGUAUCAUCAAGAUUUCAAGAACAAGAACAACAACAACAAGAUACAGAUGCGUUUAUUACACAAAAAUUUCGUAGAAAAAAAUCAACAACGAAAAAAUCAUCUAUCCAAAUUGAUUCACCUAAAAAUCAGAAUAAUAUUGUAUCAUUAGCAUCAAAACAACAAAUUAAUAAUAAUAAUAUUCAUUUCGAUUUAUCUCAACAAUCAAAUGAACAUGAAUUAUCAAAUUAUAAUGGAUAUUCAUCAGAAUCAGAUAUUUUAUCAGGAUCACCAUCAACAAUACUUACGAAUAAUAAUCAUAGUUCUUUAUCAUCAACAUCAGUUGAAUCUCAAUAUUUAUUAAAUGGACAUGAUACAAGACAUUCAUUAUCAACAUCAAAUAUUUUAUUAGAUAAAUUAGUUUCAAUAUUUGAUAAUGUUUCAUUUUCAUCCGAUGAAAUUGAAUUAAUUUUAAAAAAAUUAAAUACUAAACAAUUAUUUAAUAAACAAGAUUGGGAAAAUUUAUUAUUAAAAAAAACAACAAAUGAUAAAACUAUUGAACGUAUACUUGAAGAAACAUAUCAUAGUCAAGCAAAAAUUCUUGCACUUGAAUUACAAAUAGAAAAAAAUCAUGUAUUUGAAUUAACUAAAACAAAUAUUGAUAUGAAUAAUGCAAUAAAACAUUUACAACAAACAAAUCAUAAUAUGGCACCAUAUCAACAAACAAUUUUAUCAUAUCAAAUGCAACUUAAAAGAUUAACUGAUGAAAAUACACAUUUAGCUCAUCAAUUACAUACAUAUGCAAUGAUGCCAGGUACAAUUAAUGAACUUAAACAACAACAACAUAUUCUUGAUGAACAAUUAAGACAAAUUAGUAUUAGAAAUAGUUCUUUAGAAAAAGAAAUAGCUGAUGGUGAACGUGCUAGAAAACAUGCAGCAGAAAUAUAUCAAAAAGCUGAUGCUCAAAAGCAAGAACGAAUAGAACAAAUGUUUGAUGAUUUAAAUAAAUAUAAAAAAAUUGAUAAAGAUUUAAUUAUAUUUCAAAAAAAAUAUAAUGAACUUAAAGAAAAUUUAAAUAUUAAAUUGGAUAAUAUAACUCAACAACGUGAUGAAUUAGAAAAAACUUGUGAAGAAUUAGAAGUAAAAAUUCAACAAUAUGAACAAUUAAAAAUAAAAUAUGAUCAAUUUAUACAAAAUGAAACAGAAACAACAAAUAUUGAUCAACUUCAACAAGAAUUAAAUGAAGUUAAAAAUAAAAAUGAUUUAUUAAGACAACGUAAUUUGAAAAUAACGAAACAUUUAAAUAAACAAUUACAAAAACAAGAACAAAAUCAAAAAGAUGAAUCAUUUUUAUUAAUUUAUUGUUGUAUAAAUGUACAAUGUGAAAUAAUACAAUUAACUUCACGUAAUAUUUCACAAUAUGUUCAAGAUCAUGUUACUUUUAUUAGAUUUUAUUCAAAUUGGUGUCCAUAUAGUAAAAAAUUUGAACCAACAUGGAAACGUUUUGCUGAAGUGAAAAAGAAUACUGAUCUUCAUGUAGCUGAAAUCGAUUGUUCUGAAGAUGCUCUUAUAUGUUCGGAUCAUGAUAUAUUCGGAUAUCCAACAAUGAAAUUAUUUAUGCGUGGAAGUGGUGCACGAUAUGAAGGACCACGUAAUAUUGAAUCACUUGAGGCAUUCUAUCGAGAAAAAUUAACUGAAGAUGCUGAUUUUGAAGAUAGUGUUGCAACGAAAAAAGCUUUUAUGGAAUUAACUAUAGAAACUUUUGCUCACAUAAUAUCGAGAGAUUUUACAUUCGUUGUCUUUUUUGCUCCAUGGUGUGGUCAUUGUAAAGUUUUAAUGCCCACUUUUCAAGACUUAGCUAGACAAAUGAUAAAUACUGAUGGAUUAGUGUUUGGAACGGUCGAUUGUACAAUUCAAAAUAGUCUUUGUUCACAAUAUGCUAUUAGAGGUUAUCCAACAUUAGUUUGGUUCGAAGAUGGUGUUGAAAAAGAUCGUUAUAUGGGAGCACGAGAAUUAAAUGCAAUGCGAAAUUAUAUUGAACAAAAAAUGUUACAAGCUACGCCAAUAACUACAGAGGCACCACCAGUAGUUCAACAUGAACAAGAACAAACAAUUGAAGAAUCUUCUGAAAUAGAUAAUGUUCUUAAUACAAAAACAUUUACACAAGGAAUUAGUUUUGAAGGUUAUGCAUUUGUUAAUUUUGGUGCACCAUGGUGUUCACAUUGUCAAAAAUUAGCACCAAUUUGGAAUCGAUUUGCACAAAAAUUUUCUCGAUAUGAAGAUAUACGUAUUUUACGUGUUGAUUGUACAGCAAGUGAAUCAUUAUGUCGAGAUUAUGGAAUACGUGCUUUUCCAACACUGAUUUUAUUUCGUUAUGGAGAAUCAAAAGUUGAAUAUAAUGGUUCAAGAGAUUUUAAUUCAUUAUAUAAUUUUCUUGUUAGUCAAUUAGAAUUUUUCGGUGAUGAUUAUUUAUUAAAACAAGAAGAUGAAAUUAAAAAUGACUAA